GAAAAGGAAAAGGCAGCUAGUGAUCACAGGAUCAGAGAUAGACUUGCUUGGCUGAUCGAGCUGAGCGAGCUCAAGAAAGCCUCUCGAGUGAGCUUCCAGUAGAAUAAUGGUCAUGGGAAAGCAAGGAGCGGCAUUGCUUGCGGUGAUCUUUGCAUCUGCGCUUGUUGGCCUCGCGGCCGGCGGCAACUUCUACGAGGAGUGCGACGCGACGUGGGAGCCCCAGAACUGCUGGGCCUACGACGAUGGCAACAGGCUCUCCCUCGCCCUCGUCAGCAACUCAUCAGGCUCGAUGAUCCGGUCGAAGAAGCAGUUCGUCUACGGGACCGUGUCGACCAUGAUCCAGCUUGUCCCCGGCGACUCCGCCGGCACCGUCACAACCUACUACACGUCCUCGCUCGGCGAUAACCACGACGAGAUCGACUACGAAUUCCUGGGCAACGUGACCGGCCAGCCCUACACCAUCCACACCAACGUCUACGCCGACGGCGUCGGCAACAAGGAGAUGCAGUUCAAGCCCUGGUUCGACCCCACCGCCGACUACCACAACUACACCAUCUCCUGGGCUCCCUGCAUGAUCGUUUGGUACAUCGACGGCGUCCCCGUCCGUGCGUUCCGCAACUACGAGGCGAGCCACGGCGUGGCGUUCCCGACGAGCCAGCCGAUGUACGCCUACUCCAGCAUCUGGGCGGCCGAGGACUGGGCCACGCAGGGCGGCCGCGUCAAGGCCGACUGGUCUAAGGCGCCCUUCGUCGCCAGCUACCACGGCAUCGACCUCGACGUCUGCGAGUGCUACGGCGGCGGCUGCAUUGCCGGCUGCGCGGCGGGGUUCGGCGGCUCGGGGCGCUACUGCGGCCUCAGCGCCGCGCAGGUGGGGAAGAUGCAGUGGGUGCAGAGCAACUACAGGAUCUACGACUACUGCGCGGACCCCAAGCGGUGGAUCAACGGCCAGAAGCCGGUCGAGUGCGACCUGGCACAGUACUGAUGAUCAGCCUAAGAGGCUGCUGAUCAAGAAACAUUUAUAAUCAAGAGAAAAUCAUACAAUAGUACUGUGAGAGCAUAUCCUCCCUUUGAGUUUCAACUUAUUUGUAUUGGUCGUCUUGUGCUUUGGGUUUACUCUUGUAUGGUCACUCAUAUAUAUGAAUUUUGGGAAUAAUAAUUAAUUUAUUGUUUUAUUUUA